AUGUCCGACACGAACUCCCCGCCCCGCUCGCCGCCUCCCACCGAGCGCCGCCGCUCGUCCUUCGCCGGCCAGGCCUUCGCCGACCUGUUUGGCCGCCAGCCCGCCAACCAGAACCCGAACAACGCCAACGGCAAUGCCAGCUAUCAGGGCCCCAUCACCAGUGCUGCUGCUCAGGCCAACCGCCGCCGCCUGUCGUUGACCACCCUUGGUCUGUCGGGCUCGCCCAGCCAGCCCUCUCCCUUCAACACCAUGCGGAGCCGAGGCGAGAGCGUCUCGUCUGCCACCUCGGGCUCCUUCAACGAGAGUCCAUUCGAUGAUGACGACACAUCCAGCUCCAACAGUCCGCCCAACACUGCUGCUACGUCGCCGUUUGCGCGCAGGCUGAGUUUCGGUGCUCGGGCGCUUCGCGACGUGAAGCAGGGAAAUGGGAGCGGAAACACGUCUGCCAAUGGUAGAGCUCGCCCCAAUGCUUCUUUAAAGUCUCCUACCCCGUCCUCGAACAUCACUGCGACCAAGGGUCGAGACGGCUUCAACUUUGCCGAAAACAUGCGUACUAGAGCCGAGCGUUCAUCCAUCUCGGCUGCCAGUCCUGGCCGGGUCUCUCCUCCCAUGCAUCAUCGAGCUAAGAGCAUUGCCACUGCCCAGCCUAUCCGCGAGGUACCCAAGGUCGCCAAGGCUCCUGAUGCCUUCCAGGAGCGCAUCUUGAAGGGUGACUUCUACAUGGACUAG